AAAUUUGAUCAAGCUUAACCCGUGGUCUCUUAUUGGAAAAAAAAAUCUUCAUAAGGGGAAAGUCGCGAUUAAUCAGAAUUCAAUUUGAAUAUUUAAGAACGAUUUGUUCUUAUGCAGUGUUGGACGAUGGAUCCCGUUGUCCUCUUGUCGGCGUUUAUAAUUAUCUUUUUACAAGCUGACGUGUGUCUUGCAGAAAACAGAACUCAGUUAUUCAGGGAUAUUUUUAACGGUUAUGAACCACGAGUGGCGCCAUUUGAUACAUUGCCUGAUGUUUUGCAUUUAUAUGGAACCAUAAGCUUAAUUUCGAUUCGCAGCGUGAAUGAAAAAGACCAGACCUUUUCAGCGUCCAUUUGGAUCUCGAUGGCAUGGGAGGACAGACGCCUCAAAUGGGACCCAGAUUCGUACAAAGAAAUAACGACCAUUCAAACCACAUCUAAAUACGUGUGGAUACCGAGCUCAGUUUGUAUAUUCAACGAAGUUACGAAUGAUAAAUGUUUGACCGAAGAAAAACCAGUAACUAUCUAUAACUCGGGAACUGUUGUAUAUACGACCUCCAGAGAGAGCACUUCCCAAUGCAAGAUAGACAUCAGCAAGUACCCGUUUGACACUCAGACCUGUUCCCUACAGUUUGGUAAUCUCUUUUCAUCGUCUGAGUUUAUUUACUUUGUUGCGCCUCAUUCUUUUUACAGCUUGGCUUACUUCGACAGGAGCGAGGAAUGGGAAGUAGUAGACACAUCUGUCGUGGAGUAUAAGGUACCAGGGAUACAACAGUUACAUUACCAUCUGGUUAUCAAACGAAAGCCGUCAUUUAUUGUGUUAACCGUGUUAGUUCCGGUUAUAAUUCUUUCUAUUCUAAAUAUAUUCUCGUACGUGCUGCCCAUUGACUCCGGCGAGAAGAUGGGGACAUCGAUGGCGAUAUUCCUCACAUUUGCUGUGUUUCUGACCAUGAUUAACGACACCAUGCCCAAGGCGGACUCUGUCCCUCCCUUCAUGGUCUACCUGUCUACCCAGCUAGUGGUCAGCGGACUGACCGUCAUACUGGAGGCGAUCGUACUACGCGUUCAUUUCUCUAGCGAAUCCACGACGGAAAAUCCCGAAAAAUGCAAAGUAGAACCCAUUGAUUUGGACCCAGAACAAAAGAAAAUAAGAACAUGGACCAAGAUUAAAGAAUUUUUAAGGAUAGUUAAAUCAAGACUCACCGCCAAACGUUUGGACAUGAUUUUUAUGGUACUGGUAAUUGUUACUGAUUUUGUUUCCUUUAUUGUCUUUAUGGCAGAAACCUCGUAAUUGUUUUUGAAAGAAAUCGCAAACUAUUUGAUUCAUGAAAAAAAAUCUUCGUUAUUUUGAAAGAAAAAAAGAUUGAAUAAUGUCAUGUAAU